UCUUUCCUCCCUCACCAAACAGCUCUCUCCUCCUCUAGUUUUACACAGGGCGGCAGAGACAGAGAGAGAGAGAGAUAGCAAAUUGGAUCUGCCGGCAAUCUAGGGCAAGGAGAUGCAGUCGGCGACGAUGAAGCUGUCGGCUUUUGAUCUGAUGUAUGCGAUCCUCAGCGGGAAGCGCGGCGAGGAGACUGCUGAGGCAGAGGGCUUCAUCGCUAAGAACAGGGAGCUUCUUUCUCUACUUGCGACCUCAGCUGCUGUGCUCGUCGGCUGUGUGGUGCUGCUGUUGUGGCGGCGAUCAGCGGGGCAGAAGCCCGCCUCUAAAGCGGAGCCGCUGCGGCUGGCGCCGUUGAAGCAAGAGCCGAAGACGGAGGCAGACGACGGCAAGAAAAAGGUUACCGUGUUAUUCGGAACACAGACCGGCACAGCCGAGGGUUUCGCAAAGGCUCUGGCGGAGGAGGCUAAGGCGCGGUACGAGAAAGCUUCUUUUAAAAUUGUUGAUCUGGAUGAUUAUGCAGCUGAUGAUGAUGAGUAUGAGGAGAAGUUGAAGAAAGAAACUUUAGCAUUGUUUUUCAUGGCGACGUAUGGAGAUGGCGAGCCGACUGAUAAUGCUGCCAGGUUCUAUAAAUGGUUUACAGAGGGCGGAGAGAGGGGUAUUUGGCUAGAGAAUUUCUCAUACGCGGUCUUUGGGCUCGGCAAUAGGCAAUAUGAGCAUUUUAAUAAGGUUGCUAAGGUGUUGGAUGAGAAUUUAGCUGAAGGAGGUGGUAAGCGACUUGUUCCAGUCGGCCUUGGAGAUGAUGAUCAGUGCAUCGAGGAUGACUUCACUGCAUGGAAAGAGCAGUUAUGGCCAGAGUUAGAUCUGUUGCUUCGCGAUGAAGAUGAUACAUCAAGUGGAGCUACAUAUACUGCUGCAGUGCCUGAAUAUCGUGUUGUAUUCAUUGAUCAUGUAGAGUCAUCACAUGGGGAAAGAAAUUGGAAUCUUGCAAAUGGCAAUGCAGUUCAUGACAUCCAGCAUCCUAGCAGAGCUAAUGUGGCUGUACAGAGGGAGCUUCAUACUACACUUUCUGAUCGUUCAUGCAUCCAUUUGGAGUUCGAGAUAGCCGGCACUGGACUUGCGUAUGAAACUGGAGAUCAUGUUGGCGUGUUUGCUGAAAAUAGUGUUGAGACUGUGGAAGAGGCAGAAAACUUAUUAAAUUAUUCUUCAGAUACAUACUUCUCCAUUCAUGCCGACAAUGAAGAUGGAACACCACUUGCUGGUGGCGCUUUAGCUCCUCCAUUCCCAUCUCCAUGUACUUUGAGGAUUGCACUUAAACGAUAUGCUGAUCUAUUGAGUUCACCUAAAAAGGCUGCCUUAGCUGCUUUAGCUGCUCAUACUUCUGAUCCAAAUGAAGCUGAACGAUUAAGAUUUCUAGCUUCUCCUGCUGGAAAGGAUGAGUAUUCUCAAUGGAUAGUGGCUAGUCAGAGGAGCCUUCUGGAAGUUAUGGCUGAGUUCCCAUCAGCCAAGCCACCUCUCGGUGUCUUCUUUGCAGCAAUAGCUCCUCGUUUGCAGCCUCGAUACUAUUCGAUAUCAUCAUCUCCAAGGAUGUUUCCCAAUAGGAUUCAUGUGACAUGUGCACUAGUUCAUGGACCAACUCCUACAGGAAGGAUUCACAAAGGAGUUUGCUCAACUUGGAUGAAGAAUUCAGUACCCGCAGAGCAAAGCGAAGAUUGUAGCUGGGCUCCUAUCUUUGUAAGGCAGUCAAAUUUCAAACUUCCUUCUGAUAGUUCUGUGCCAAUUAUCAUGAUUGGACCUGGAACAGGAUUGGCGCCUUUCAGGGGAUUUUUACAGGAGAGGUUGGCACUCAAGGAGACUGGUGCUCAACUAGGACCUGCUACACUCUUCUUCGGAUGCAGAAACCGCAAAAUGGACUUCAUCUAUGAGGAAGAGUUGAACAAUUUUGUUGAAGCUGGAGCUCUUUCUGAGCUCAUUGUGGCCUUCUCUCGGGAGGGAGCUGCUAAGGAAUAUGUCCAGCACAAGAUGUUAGAAAAGGCAUCUGAAAUCUGGGACAUUAUUUCUAAACGUGGCUAUAUCUAUGUUUGCGGUGAUGCAAAAGGCAUGGCUAAAGAUGUCCACCGUACUCUUCAUAACAUAGUACAGGAGCAGGGUUCUCUUGAUAGCUCAAAGACUGAAAGCCUAGUGAAGAAUCUGCAAAUGGAAGGGAGGUACCUGCGCGAUGUCUGGUGACCAGUCUCUCUCUCUCUCACUCUGGUUCAGCAUUUCAGACAACUCCUGAAACAGUUUUUAAUGGAGAAAUUCCAGAUUCUUGCAAGCGAGAUUCUGGCAUAGAUGCCCUUCUGCCGCCUAUAAAUAUGAAUUUAGGGACAUUUUUAUGAUGAUUCUUUUAGCAAGUAGAUUUUUUUUUUUUUUAGUUUUCAUUGUAUUAUAACAUAUAUCAUGUUAUCUCCUCUCCAUCCUCAGGCCAAUUUGUUUGGGAGAAAAUAAGUAAAAGAAUAUAACUAUCUAUAUUUUUGUAUUUUUGAGUGUAUUAUGCAGAGCUGAUAGUUGUGUUCGAAACUUGGAACUUUAUUAUAAUUACUUCAAUUUUCUGCUC